AUGGCCUUCCCUCCUAAGCUUGUGGUGGAGCAGUUGACCGUGAUGGAUGCGGAGCUCUUCCGGAAGGUGGUGCCCUCUCAGUGCCUGGGCUCCACCUGGGGCAAGAGGAACAAGCCCGGCAAUGAGCACCUGGCACCCACCGUCCAGGCCACCGUCGACCACUUCAGAAGGGUGGUCAGCCUUGUCGUCACCACUUGCCUCGGGGACCCGAGCAUGAUGGCCCAGGACAGGGCUAGGGUGGUGGAGCACUGGAUCCAGGUGGCCCAGGAGUGCGAGAUCCUGAAGAACUUCUCCUCGCUCCGCGCUGUCAUCUCUGCUCUGCAGAAAACCUCCAUAAGCCACCUGAAGAACACGUGGGCGGAUGUUUCCCGGAGGGGCCCUCCACGUUUGCCCCCCCGGAGAUCAUCCCCCAGAGAGUGCAGGAGAAACAGCAGCAGCAGCAGGGUGUCGUCCCCUAUCUUGGCACUUUCCUCGGUGACCUGCUGAUGCUGCACCUGGCGAUGGGUGAUUAUCUCGAGGGGAAUGAGAUCAACC